CUGCAGAAAGUGGCCUUUGAGUGGUAGCUUGAGGACUCUUAAAGGCCAGGGUCCUCCACAUCCUGACUCAGCCCUGGAAGCCUUGGGCAGGGCAACAAGCGACAAGGGCAGGCGUGGGAGAGCAGGCUCGGAGGCAAUGGAGAGGCGCAAGAGCGGUGGCCUCGGAAGCCGCAGCCGCGGAGCUGAGCCUGAGAGCCCGCCAGGCAGGGACGUCCCCUCCUCGGCCCCUGACGCACAGGAAAGCCUUCCCCGCCCGGCGCCGCGAGUGGAAGCCCAAGCGGAGCGGCUCGGUUUCCGUCUGCCUCGGCGAAGGAGAAGCAGCAGCAGCCUUGGCCCUCCGUAGGGCAGAGGCCAAUCGGGGUCCGCAACUGCCUCUUGUUCUGCUCCCUCGGCUGGCUUUGGCUUGGACUCGUCUUCGCAGGGAAGAAGCUUCGCUCCAAGCAUGUCUCAGUGGAAUCAAAUCCAGCAGCUGGAAACAAAAUUUUUGGAGCAGAUAGAUCAGAUUUAUGACGACAAAUUUCCCAUGGAAGUGCGACACCUAUUAGCACAAUGGAUUGAAAACCAAGACUGGGAAUCUGCAUAUAACAAUGAACCCAUGGCCACCAUUCUCCUACAGAACUUGCUAAUAAAGCUGGAUGAACAUUUAGACCGUGUUUCCCAAGAAAAGAAUCUCCUCUUGGUACACAACCUUAAGAGAAUCAGGAAGAUGCUUCAGGGAAAAUAUCACAAUAAUCCUGUGCAUGUAGCAGUAGUUGUUUCUAAUUGUUUAAGAGAAGAAAGAAGAAUAUUGGCUUCAGCCAAUAUGCCUGUACAGGGACCACUAGAAAAAUCUCUACAAAACAACCUGGAUUCAGAAAGACAAAGAAAAGUUGAGCAUAAGGCAUCCACAAUUAAGAACAGCACCCAGAUGACUGAACAAGAUGUGAAAUAUUUAGAAGAUUUGCAAGAGGAGUUUGACUUCCGGUACAAAACAAUGCAUAGCAUAGAACAGAAUGAGAAAAACAGCGCUGCAAUGAAACAAGAGAUGUUGAUGUUGCAGGAAAUACUCAACACCUUAGACUACAGGCGAAAGGAGGUUCUUGGCAAAAUGGCACAAAUAAUAAAGGAAGUUGAAGCCUUUGUGAAUAACAUGCUGAUGGAAGAAUUACUGGAUUGGAAGAGGCGGCAGCAAAUUGCCUGCAUCGGAGGCCCUUUGCACAGUGGACUUGAUCAGCUACAAAACUGUUUCACAUUGUUGGCAGAAAGUCUUUUCCAAAUAAAAAGGCAACUGGAGAAACUGGAUGAGCUUUUGGUCAAACUCACAUAUGAUGGAGAUCCCAUCGCACUGCAAAGACCUCAUUUGUUGGAAAGAGUAAACUUCUUACUAUACAGCCUUUUCCAAAGUUCAUUUAUAGUUGAGAGACAGCCCUGCAUGCCAACUCAUCCCCAGAGGCCCUUGGUUCUUAAAACAUUAAUUCAGUUCACUGUUAAACUUCGGCUGCUUAUUAAAUUGCCAGAGCUGAACUACCAAAUCAGAGUGAAAGCUACUAUUGACAAGAAUGCUUCUACUAUAAGUAACCGCAGAUUUGUUCUUUGCGGUACUCAUGUCAAAGCAAUGAACAUGGAUGAGUCUGAAAAUGGGAGUCUUUCUGUGGAGUUUCGACAUCUGCAACCAAAGGAAAUGAAAGCAUGUGCUGGAAACAAAGGAAAUGAGGGGCCUCAAAUGGUUACUGAAGAAUUACAUUCCAUUACUUUUGAAACACAGGUCUGCUUAUAUGGACUGACCAUAGACUUGGAAACAGGAUCUUUACCAGUUGUGAUGAUUUCUAAUGUCAGUCAAUUGCCUAAUGCUUGGGCUUCUAUUAUCUGGUACAACCUGUCCACAAAUGAAUCUCAGAACCUGGCGUUCUUCAACAAUCCCCCAUCUGUUGGCUUGAGUCAGGUCUUGGAGGUCCUGAGUUGGCAGUUUUCUUCAUAUAUUGGCCGUGGACUCAAUUCUGACCAACUUGGGAUGCUGGCAGAAAAACUUACAGGACAACAAGUCAUCUAUACUGAACAUCACAUUUCCUGGUCAAAAUUCUGUAAGGAGCACUUGCCUGGGAAGUCAUUUACAUUUUGGGCAUGGCUUGAAGCAAUCUUGGAGCUGAUUAAAAAACAUAUUCUUCCUCUUUGGAUUGAUGGAUGUAUCAUGGGCUUUGUGAGCAAAGAGAAGGAGCGAAGUUUGCUCAAGGACAAGAUGCCAGGGACAUUUUUAUUGAGAUUCAGUGAAAGCAACCUAGGAGGGAUUACAUUUACAUGGGUAUCCCAGUCAGAAAAUGGGGAAGUGGAUUUCCAUUCUGUGGAACCAUAUAACAAGGGUCGCUUAACAGCAUUGCCUUUUGCUGACAUUUUACGAGAUUACAAAGUUAUUACGGAAGAUAAUGUUCCCGAAAACCCACUGAAAUAUCUUUAUCCAGAUAUCCCCAAAGACACGGCCUUCGGAAGGCAUUACAGCUCUCAGCCAAGUGAAGUUCCAAGACCUACAGAAGGAGGGACAACAGGCUAUGUUCCUUCUGUAUUUAUUCCAGUCUCCAAAAUUCUGAAUGAUUCAACAGACCCACCUUCACCAUCAGACCUUCUCCCCAUGUCUCCCAGUGUCUACGCUGUUUUGAGAGAACACCUAAGUCCUACUGUAAUGGAAACUGCUAUGAGUUCUCCAUAUUCAACUGACUAACAUUCGUCUGAUGAAGAAUCUAAAGGAUUGAUGUAGAUACAUUUCAAAAGAGGAACAUCAAAAUCAAUUUCUUUCUUGUUUCCUUUGUAAAUAUCAAUAUGCCCUUGUAUACACUCUUUAUCUUCUUGGCUCUACAUCUACUUUCACACAUUGUUUCUUUACUUGUCCUUCAGACAUUGUUUGACUGCAUCUCCCAGUAUUCCCAACUAUUGGCUAUGCUGGCUAGGGCUGGUGCAACCUGAAAUCCAGCAACAUACCUGUCUUCAUGAUUUAGCCUUCCAAGAACUAGCUGGGGCCAGAUUUGGACUCACUUAUAUCCCACUCCUCCUUGCAGUUUGACCCUUGUUUGUUUGAAAUAAUCAUGUACCAUAUAUGUCACAAUUGCUUGAAGGUAACAGGAAACAGUUGUUUAUUCAAAUCUGAAAGUGGAAGCAUUCAGUUCCUUGCCUCACACAUAAAGUGGCGAGGGAGGAAGCAUAAACCGGAGUCUUGUGUUUGCAGCAGUGCUUAGCUGCACCAGGUUAAACUUUGCCUAGGAACAGAUUAUUUACAAAAAAAAAGUUAUCAGAAAGGAAAUCAAAGAAACCAACCAACUAUUGACAUUCUGGGUACUGAUCUGUUACAAAAGGUGUGAUAAUGUGAUGUUGACUCUGUGCAGAUAGGAGAUGGUGCCUUGUAGAAUUGUGCCAAGACAUUUCAGUUUGUUUUCUAACAGACUUCAAGUUAAGGCUGGGCUUAUAUGGAGGGAACUGGGCUAAACAAAACAGAGGAGUUAAAUAAGCAAGAUUGGGAUGGCGGAUGGAAGUGAAGUGGUUAGUGAGGAUCGUGGGUAAGAGGAUCUGUGCCUGGUGAGUGUAUACGAAACCAGAUAUGGCAGAACAGAGAAACCAACUCAAUAGGUUGAAGACAAGCCACAGAGAUUUUUCAAUUUGGCCAAAAAGUAUGCAAGUACAGCAAUUUACUUUGAAAUGUACAAGCAUAAACAUACAAAGAAAUACAAGAUGUCUUAUACAAUUCUGACAACUAUUCAGACUUCCCGCUCCCUCCCGAUUGACAGAAAAAUGCAUAUACUCUUGAGCCUCUGUUUCUGCGGGCAGCAAUCUCUCAGAUUCAAGCAGAGGCGGUCCAACCAUAAGGCGAACUAGGCACUUGCCUGUGGCGCCAUCGUCCCAGGGGCGCCAUCGUCCUGGGAGGAGGGCACCACUCUCCACCUCCUUCUCUUUUGGGCCUCCCGGUGCCCGUGCUGGGCUUUCCGGCCGGCGCAGACCCACCUUCGCACAACGGGAGCCCACCUUUGGGGCCUUCAGAGAUUGUGAGGUCUGUGAGAACUUGGAAGCUAGGUAUGUGGGGUUUAUAUAUCUGUAGAAGGUCCAGGGUGGGAGAAAGAACUUUUCUUUGAAGCAGGUGUGAAUGUUGUAAUUGAUUAGCAUUUAAUGGCCCUGUGGCUUCAAGGCCUGGCUUCUUCUUGCCUGGGAGAAUCUUUUUUUUUUGGGAGGUGUUAGCUGUCCCUGAUUGUUUACUGUCUGGAUUUCUUCUGUUUUCAGAGUGUUGUUCUUUAUUUAUUAUCCUGAUUUUAGAGUUUUUUUAAAUAUUGAGGGCUAUCUGGGUUAUCUAAGUCCACACUGCCCUAUAUCCCUGUUCAAUGUUUAGUGCUAAAUUCACAAAUAUAGUAAUUCCUACAUAACAUUACCAUGUAUUGAACUGCUUUUUCUAUUGAUUUGUUGUAAAACAUGAUGUUUUGGUGCUUAAUUUGUAAAAUCAUAAUGUAAUUUGAUGUUUAAUAGGCUUUUCCUUUAUCUUUCCUUAUUAUCCAACAUUUUUGCUUAUCCAACGCUUUUAUUUUUCAGUGAUUGGUUGGGGGGGGGGGCGCCAAAAUUCUGUUUGCCUACACUUGAAAAAUACCUAGGGCCGGCUCUGGAUUCAAGUGAACCAUAUAACAGGUUUAGGUUUUUCUGGUCUGACACAGGAAGUCACCUAUAUCUGCAUACACAUGGAUUUUGGUAAUUAUUUGGUCUGGGAAACGGCCAUAGGGAUUUGCCCAACUUUCUUAUUCUCAAGGGAUUAUCUCAGCAGGGUAAUAGAGAGAUGACUGUUUCUGGGAUACAUCUCGUUACAUUUUGUAAAUAAGUUUUAUACAUAUAAGAAAUAGAUACAGUACACAGAAAGAUGCAAGUUACGCAAAAAGUUAAGAAAGAUAGAUACACUGUAUUAAAGAGUUAGAUAUGAUAAGGGUUUACAGCUGCUGCGGUUUGGUCUCGCUCUUCUGAUGGUUUGAACUGGCACAGGUCCAGAAAGGAUUUUUUUAAAAGGAAAAAUUAUAUACAGUAUUUAUUUGUGAGCCCUUGGUGAACUAGAAAUCUUUGGGGAGGGGGGGGAGGGGGUAUCGUGGCUCGACAACAGAAGGACCUCCAUACGUUACCAUUGGGUGAAAUAAUGCCUUUUGCCAUACCCACCUAAAUGCUGUAACCUGUUCUAUUGAGUUAUAAAUUAACAUAUCUUAGGAAUCAUAUCUUACAUCAUUGAUUAAAAUUUAACCUUUUUCUUGAUGGUUGAACAAUCUUGUUUUAAAUGGGGGUGGACACCUUUUUGAAGUCUUGGGGGGGGGGUCACAUACAUGUCCGCCUGAUGUAGGAAGACACCAUCUCUUUCCUGUCUUUCAAAAGGUCCCUUAGGAUUUUUUCCAGGUUCUUGCUACAAAUGAUUUGGCACAGGAAGGAACUUCUCUUUAAAAAACGGAGGCAGUUCUAAUUCCGGAGGGCGGAAACAACACCUUGGACCUAAAAUAGUUUGGGUGCUGACCCACUGAAAUUGUCGCCCAUGCUUCCUGGACAGCAAUAAAUGAAAAUCUGUAUGUGUGUAGAUGGAUCCUUAAACUGGGAGGUCACAUGCAGCCUAUGGACUGCAUUUUGCAUGUCACCCAAUUUAAAUCACCCUGGCUGAAUUUUUGCAGCACUUCAUAAAUUUUGCUUCACUCUGUCAGUUUUGUCUUUGUCUACAAUUAUUGGUAAUCAUUCUUCAUAGUAUUUUCAGCUGCAAUAAUAAAAUGAUAUAAAAUGGAGAA